ACACAAGCGGCACGCAUACGCGCGGCGAUCCUGAAGGGACCAUGUUGCUCUAGCCUCGGUUGUUGUCGCAACACCAAAGAAUAGCAAGACGGCAUUGCAUUGCUCUCUCGUUAGCGGCAACUAAAGUUAGGCCCCUUGCCGAGACCUUGGUGUAGGGAAACUCCACGAUGGCGUCCUCGGCGAUCCAUAUGUCUCAGCUUGGCGGGCGCGCCUUCAGCCACAGCAGCAGCGCAGAUAUAGAGGCCGAGUAUGACCGGCUACGCGACCUAGCGCGUGCGGAGGGCGAGAAGAAGAGAUCUUGCUUCGAUCGGGCCCACGAGGCAUAUGAGCGUGGCGAUGGCGCCAGGGCCAAGGAGCUCUCGGAGGAGGGCAAGCGGCACCAGAGGAAGCAGGCCGAGUACAACAAGCAGGCGUCCGAGCUCAUCUUCCGGGAGAACAACGCGCCCGGCCGCGUCGCCGACGACACCAUCGACCUGCACGGCCAGUUCGUCGAGGAGGCCGAGGAGAUCCUGGAGCAGCGCAUCCGCCACGCCCAGGCCACCGGCCAGCCUCACCUGCACGUCAUCGUCGGCAAGGGCAACCACUCGACCAACCACGUGCAGAAGCUCAAGCCCAGGGUCGAGCAGGUCUGCCGCGAGUUUGGGCUCGACUACGCCACCGAGGAGAACGAGGGCCGCAUCUAUGUCGACCUGACGGGCGGGAAGGUCAGCACGCCGCCGCCGUUGCCCGCUCAGCCCGGUCGGGGUUCUCAUCACGAAGGGUAUGGUGGUGGUGGUGUUGGUCAUGAUCGUCAUCAUCGUCAACAAAAACAGCAGCAACAUCAACAGCACUACGGUGAGAGCACCACUGGGUACCACCACCAGAGACCAACACAGCAGCACCAGCAACGGCCCCCUCAGCCAGAGCAGGAGCAGGAUGAUCUCCUUACAAGCUGCAUCAAGGGCUGUUGUCUGGUUAUGUAGAAAGAGGGAGCUACUGGAUCGGUGUAAAGGUCAGAGAUACGGGCGAGGUUGUGGUCGCUGCUAGCACCCCUACCUAGUGGUAACUUCAAGUGAGCGGUGAAGGUGGAGCGCCGGCAGCCUCCUCGGGACCGUCACCUUCUUCCUGCCUUU